GAGUUUCUGUAGGAAGCUAUGGGGGAGUGAGAGUGACGUCAGCUGCUGGGGACAACCAUCAACCCAUGCGCAAUCGAGCGGUCCUCCCUCUCUCUUGUCUUAGCUCUCCUUCCUUCCUUCCCUUUUAUAUUCUCUUCAUCUCUCUCCCUCUUAACGGAAUUUUCUUAACUCUAUCUCUUCAAUUUCGUCUCAUUUUCUUCUGUGGUUGUUGUUGUUCGUCUUCAGUUUGUCUUCUUCUUCUUCAUUGCUUUCUGUCUUUAACGAGUAAUUACACCAACGCCGUUGAUCAGUACAAGCAAGGGCACCACAAGCAAACCAACCAGCUGCGCCAUGAUGGAGUCAAUCGAGUCCACUGUCCCACCAGGUUUCCGAUUUCAUCCAACUGAUGAAGAGCUCGUCGGCUACUAUCUCAGGAAGAAAGUUGCCUCCCAGAAGAUCGAUCUUGAUGUCAUCAGAGACAUUGAUCUCUACAGAAUCGAACCAUGGGACCUUCAAGAGAGAUGCCGGAUCGGGUAUGAAGAGCAGAACGAGUGGUACUUCUUCAGCCACAAAGACAAGAAGUAUCCGACUGGGACAAGGACCAACAGAGCCACCAUGGCUGGGUUUUGGAAAGCAACGGGUCGAGACAAAUCAGUAUACGACAAGACAAAACUGAUUGGGAUGAGGAAAACCCUUGUUUUCUACAAAGGAAGGGCUCCAAAUGGACAGAAGACCGAUUGGAUUAUGCACGAAUACAGACUUGAAUCCGAGGAGAAUGGACCUCCACAGGAAGAAGGAUGGGUGGUAUGCAGAGCAUUCAAGAAGAGAACCAGUAGCCAAAACAAAGGCAUUGAAGGGUGGGACUCAAGCUACUUCUACGACGAACUCAACGGUGUCAGUUCUGUCGUUGAUCCAACAGAAUAUAUGAUCUCGAGGCAGCCUCCAAGCUUUUUAGCCCAGAAUUUCAUGUGCAAGCAAGAGACAGAAGCUGACAGUUUGAACUUCAUGCACUCUGAUCAUUUUGUGCAGCUGCCUCAGCUAGAGAGCCCAUCUCUGCCAUUGAUAUCAAAGAGGCCGAGCUCAAUGUCUCUGAUAUCGGAGAACAAUACUGAAGUGGAAGACGAGCCCAAGAAGGUGACUGACUGGAGGGCCUUGGACAAGUUUGUGGCAUCUCAGUUGAGUCAGGAAGAGAGAUAUGAAGGUGAUGGAGAGUCGAGCUUUGGGGCACAUGAUGAUUCAGAGAUGGCAUUGUUGUUAUUGCAGAGUAGUGGUAGGGAUGAUGACCAGGGGAACAAGUUGAAUGGGUUCCUAAAUUCCAGUCCUGAUGGUGAUAUUGGGAUAUGCAUAUUUGAAAAAUAAUUAAGACGUACUGCAAUAAUGGAGGAAGCUAAUUAAUUUUUAUUGGUAAGUAGGUAUUAUAAAU